CCAACCAUGUAAUCCCCUGUUUUGCAGUCUCUCUCUCUCUCUCUCUCUCUCUCUCUGCUUUUUUUCUUUAUUAUUAUCAUCAUCAGCGGGGCCUUUCCACCUGUUAUUUUCACGCUUAGCGCAUCGCAGGCGCUCCCGGUUUGGCCGUUAUUCCACCGCGAGCGCCAUGUUAAUGCAGACGCGGGAGGCAAUGGCGCACCGGGACCAUGGCGAGGCGGCGCAGGCUCGUGAGGAUGGAGAGACAAACAGGAAUUAGAGACGUCGGACGUCGCGGCUUUGAGGAUCGGAAUGGGUCGGAAGGGCACUCGUCUCCGUGUGGAACGAUGGCUGUGGCAGAGCGUUUAAAGAGCAGCAUCCUUCACCAGACGUCCUGAUUGCAAGGAGGCUCGUUGGCCACUGUUGCCACGGCAGCGGUCGUGGAGGAAGAGAAGGAGCGGCUGUUGCGGUGGCGCCACGCUCUGCUGGAGGGGAUGGAGUACCACAGCACGGGAACCCUGCCGCUCCUGGGCAGCCCGCGUUACUGUCCCGGUGCCAACAGUGCCAGCGGGUACCUCUGCCAGACGGGCCACUGCUGUGGGGAGACCGGCUGCUGCACCUAUUACUACGAGCUGUGGUGGUUUUGGCUCUUAUGGAGUGUAUUGAUCCUGUUCAGCUGCUGCUGUGCGUAUCGACAUCGCCAGGCUAAACAGAGAGUGCAGCAGCAGCAGAGACAGAGAGAGAUCAACCUGAUGGCCUACCACGGAGCCUGCAGCUACCCGUCCUCCAUGCUGGACCUCAGUUUCCUUGCAUCACUCAAACUGCCGUCCUAUGAGGAAGUAGCAGCGCAGCCAAGCACCCCGCCCCCUCCCUACAGCUCGGUGGCUUACCCGCGAGGCUCCGCCCAUCCCGGUCCAAGUCACAUGCUGUCCUCACAGAGCUCCGACAACUACACCAGCUGCUCAUGCGAAUCCUGCUGCCCGUCUUCACCCUGUAGCUCCUCCCCUUCCUCCGCCCAGCUCACAGACGAGACUGACACUAGCCACACCUCCACGCCUUCUCACAGCGAAGCGGUACCCAUUAACUCAGUUUCUGGACAUGCCACAGAGCGACACGCCGAGACUCUUUCGACUCCGCCUCUUAAUGAACCUGGCCCCGCGUCCUCAGCAGAAGCGAUGGAGGUGGACUUGCCAGACUUCGUCUCUCUCGACUGUAACGGCAACAGGACUGUUAAAGCAGUCACUAAUCCGACAGCUAACAACAACGUGAUCUGUGACCCUGAAGAAAGUUCUAACUUGAACGAAACUGCUAACGUGACUCAAAUUAGUAACUCAAAUGAUGUUAAAGUACCUCAGUGUAACAACACGAAUGAUAUUAGCAGCAAGGGUCAAAUGUCGAACCUCAGUCCUACCAGAGACGUUAAACCCACUAACUUCGACCUCUUUCAUACACCCAGCAAAAUGACCCAAAAUACACCUUAUCCUCCCGUUGGCAUCCCCUCAUCCUCUCCUCCAUCCUGUUCUCCUUUGUCCCUGUCCUCCCCUCCCCUCCCUCCUCCCUUAUCGCCGAUGUCUGACCCUCUAGGCGCUAUCUCUGAGCCGCAGAGCUCUCCUGUGCAGUGGGCUGAGCCAGCACAGACACACCAUUCAGCCCCUCACCCACAGUCUCCGCCCAAACCCGCGACCUUUUCACCCGACUUCCUGGAGCCGGAGCGGCGCGAUUCGGCGGUGUGCGACCUUGACGUGGAUCAAACGCACUUCCAGCAGCGACGCCUAACCGGAGACUCCGGGAUCGAGGUCUGCCGCUGCCGGAUCGAUCACGAAGACGAGGAAGACGAGGAAGACGACGACGAGAGGGAUUUUUCAGAGGACAAGUCCAGCGUUGUGACGAGCGUCGACCUCCACGACAGCGCCGACUGCUCCGUCCGUGCCCAGAUGUCCCCUACUGAGCUCGGAGACACGUGCGGGUCCGGCUCAACCACGCCGGUGCGCAGCGAUGCGGUCGUUAUAGCCAUGGAAACCGUUUGAGGGACAGGUGGACUGUUGAAAUCUAGCAUACAAGGGCUGUGCGUCAGCCGUGCUGAGAAAGCCUUCGGCUGUGCGAAGUGGAUUGCCAUUUAGUCCGAGUCUAAACUAGCCGUGCUGUUGCAUUAGGACUGACGUCAUUGGGUGGUGAAAAGUGAAACUCUAACUUAAUAGCAUAGCAUAGGAAGGUCUCUCUCUAUCUCUCUCUCUCUCUCUCUCUCUCUCUCUCUCUCUCUCUAUGUUGUAGGAAAAAUAUCCUCGGUUCUGCAGCACUUAACAGAAAGCCUGACCGAGAGACUGAUGUUAGAGCCCCAGACUCUUAACAGACUUUCUCACACACACACACACACACACACACACACACACACUCAAAACACACAGUAACCUUUGUGUAUGACCCCGUCAGGGACAGUGACAUAGUGGUACAGCAAUACCACGUCGCUCUGUGAACCCUUGCACAUGCAACAACCAACUCUCCUCUCCUCUCCCUCUCUCUCUCUCUCUCUCUCUCUCUCUCUCUCUCUCUCAAUCUCUCUCACCCUCUCUCUUGUUCCACAGCUUGCAUCGUAGCCUCUGACGCAGAAUCAGAGAUCUAGUCUACUCUGUCGCAGUGAUAGACUAUGAAUCUGCUUGAAUCGUUUGGUUUAAACGCUGCCGACAGUAAAGAUGCAAUAACACACUCUAACACACACACACACACACACACACACGUCUGUCCUGUGUGCUUCUGGGUAAUGUAGUUCACACCAGGUCAGGUGGCCAUUUUGUGCUUGAUGUUAACAGGAGCUUAUCAGCAGAAUGUAGGUUCCUCACUGAUUCACGCAAAGCAACACACACACUCUCUCUCUCUCUCUUUCUCUCUCUCCGACACACACACACACAUAUCCGAAACACCAGACCACAUUCUUCUUGUUUUCCCAGAGUUUCAGAACACCAGCUUGGCCAAACAAAUGCUGCACCUCAACCAUGGAAGAAGGUAAAAAAAAAAAAGAAAAGAAAAACCUCAGGACAUUGUUUUUUUUUUUUUUUGAUUGUUUUUUGUUUUCGUUCGUAAUUUUUAUUAGCGUUUUCUUACGUCUAAAUGUGGAAACGCGGAAACAGCAUUGCUCAUUGGCGACACAAAAGCAGCCUAAAGACUCUCCGAACUGCUGUCCGACGAAGAUCAACGUCAACAUGGGAAAUACACAUACAAAUAAACAUAUAUGUAGGUGCAGAUUAUAUAUCUAUCUAUAUAUGCUCUCUGUGAAAUGAUCUAUUUUCUAAGCAUGCCAUGUCAUUUGGAGUGCAGCGCUAGAAGCCGGUGUAAAAAUGUAAUCCGCGGCUGAGAGAUCGUGUGUGUCGAUUGUAGUGUUACCAUGGCAUCAGUACCGAGUUACACUUACAUUACUACAGUUCCCAUGGUGCUGCCGUGGUGUUAUUAUGACAACCUUCUUUAGUCUGAGCAAUAGAGUAUGUUUGAUGUCCCUGUGAGAUUGUGAAAGGUGUGAAAAUGUUAUUCUAAACGACUUUACCACUAAACAAGUCAACUCAAA